AUGCAUCGUGGUUAUCGAGCGCAGCCCGGUCCAAAUGAUAUUGGAUUGCUAGAACUCGACGGUGAAGUGAACUACACCACCGAUGACAUUCGACCCAUCUGCAUCUUAAUGGAUGCCGCCUCUGUGUUGUGGAACAAGAACAGAUUUUCUGCCUUUAGCUGGGGUAAAACGGAGACUGGAAUCGGGAGCCGUCUGCCUUCGGAUGAUUGCCAGCAUUACAACAUGCCCCAGUUGACUAACGCGCAAUUUUGCGUAUACAGCUAUACGGGCGAUAGACCCUGCAACGACGUAGCUGGAGGACCCCUAGCCGUUAUCAUCAAUAAUCGCCCAGUCCAGGUCGGCAUCACAAGCUAUUACCCUUCGAGUUGCAAUGGUCCUGCGGUGUACACAGACGUGACGAGCUACACCCGCUGGAUAGCUUCCAUUGUAUUAAAUAAUAAUCACAAGCAUCAAGCGUUAAGAAUCUAA